AUGUCGAUCAGGACUUGUACUCACCUUGGCCAGAUCAGAUGUUUGUGGACGCCCAAGAGGUUCCCUGAUCUUCCGAUCGGUCCUGCGCCUGCCCCGCCAGCUUGGUGGGAAGGCACUCAGAUUCAGAUUGAGCAGCUGGUCCGGGAACAAGCAGUCACGCAAGCUCAGGUCUCGCAGGCUUAUGCAUCCUUUUGCCAGGCAGCUGAGCUAGAGCUCGCAGAGACGUACCAGUUGGAGCUGUCGGGCUCCAAGGGGAACUUCUUCGGCAGAGGCGACAAGUUUAAGUUCGUGUAUAAACCGGCCAUUGUCAAGGUUGGCGGGCCACAUCCCCUUGGGUCUCCAGUGUCUAGGGCGAUGCGCAAGUUCCACACGCGCCUAGAAGAGUUGGGGCACCUCAAGCGUAAGGGAUACGACGACGACGAUAAGCAGGUCAGUGAAAUCAACCAAAAACUUCAGAAGGCUCCGGAGCUGCUCUGGCACUCUUCUGGCUGGCGGAAGUGGCGUGCUGGUCAUUUCAGUUUCAGGGGCUAUGGGGCGGCCUCGAUCAGGGACGCCUUGUUUGAGUUGAGCAAGCUGAUCCAGUGGGUGAAGGUCCCGAACGAGUGGAUCCCAGAUGAGCCAGGCCCCGAUGGAACCCCAGGAGGCGCGAUGGACCAGAUAGAGGCACUCGAAAGUGAAUGGAAGGGUAUUUGGAGGUACGGAGACUUGAAGGAGCCCGAGCCAUACGUGAAGAAAGCACUGGUGUCGGGGACGUUGCAGUUCUGUCGGGGCUUGGAGGCUUUGGAGCUGAAGGUUUCCAGGAAGAAAUGCAUGUUGGUGGCAUCGGACAUCAAAGUGGGCAGAUCUCUGCAGCAUAGUUUGAGAGAGUUCAGUUUCAAGUAUGUGCCCGCGGCCAAGAACUUGGGCGUAGACUUUAAGUUGGCCUUCAACAAGGGCAGGCAGGUGCCGCAGGUUGACCCGUCUUUCCUGGCGAACGCCUUGCCGCUCAUGAUGUGGUGCAAGGCUAUUUUUAUGCAGUGGUCUUCAGAGGCACAGAUGCAGACGGCCUUUGACAAGGCCAAGAAAGAAGUAGCGAGAGGUUGGAGAGGAGUCAUCGGCCCCGCUGGGGCUGUGGUACAGACUCUGAUUAGGUUGGGUUGGACUGGGACCUCCUGGUGCAGAUGGGUUACUUCGACGGGGCUUAGCCUGGACUUGCGUGAGUUGGGUCCUCGUACGAUCAAGGCCCUCUUAGACGACACCACGGAGCAGCUCAGUCUAAAGAAGGUCAGCGAGUUUUACAACCUGUCUUGGGAGCCCUUCCUGGACCCGAUCAGAGGUGUGAUUGCCGAGCUGAGGAAGAGAGGGGACCAUCUUGGGAUCAGUCUUCUUAUCGCUCAGGUUUCUGGAGGCCUCUGGACGCAGAAAGACCUGUUCAAGCAUCGCUAUAGUUUGGACCCGCUCUGCAGGUGGUGCAAGGCCCGUGAAGGGUCCGUGCAUCACAGGAUAUGGGGCUGCGAUGGCUCCUGGCUUUUACGGCGUGAUCUUGACCCAGGGGGUAAGUUGCUGAAGCAGGGGAUCAACGCCCAGGUUGUGAAGAUAGCCGCGCACCAGUCGCGGCGUGCGGCAUUCAACCAUGGAGUACCGCCUCAUUUCUUCCAUGGGAACAGGCUCGCCGACGAGUGGGCCAAGACGGGUGCCAAGGCGCACCCGAUGAACUUCCACGUCAGAGACAGGAUAAAGUUCCAUCAUGAUCAAGUGACCCUGUUGGCCAGGUACAUGACUGAGGUGUUGAAGAAUGUGCACAGGUUAGGGUACCCCGACGUUGAGGCCAUCAAGGAACGUAGGCAGCGGACCCUUGUUAAUUCAGAGGCCCCCCUGCUUGAGAUAGUUCCAGAUGAUAAGGGUCACAAAAUAUCACAGGUUCCAGGUGGGUGGGGGUGCAGUGUCUGUGGGAUCGGGCGGAGUUCGCGCUCUCGGCUGGUGCAGCUGCCGUGCCCUGGGGUCCCCGUGGUCUUCCUGAAAGCUCACCCCACCCACCGCCUCUGGGCCAACGGGCCAGUCUUGUGGUGCUCGGCGUGCGGGGUGUACGCCCAGCAGCAGGUCAAAGAUCUUGCUGAGAGGUGUGCUUCUCGCGCCGUCGGAGAAUGGAAGAAGAGGUCACUGCGCCUCUUGAAGCAGGGCAAGAACCCGUCCUCGCCGAAGGCGGAGGCGGUCGUGCCCGUGCCUCUCCAUCGAUAG